AUGACAAGCGACGACGCUGCUGCAUGCCCCGUCCCCGCCAUUGACUGGCGCUUCGUUUCACGCGAAGAGAUCGCGCGGCUGGCGCAGCAAGGCUUAGUCGCCACCGCCGCCGAUUCCGCCGACCGCCGUUCUAUCUGCGACGACAGCAACUUGCGCCGCCGCCGCCUGCGCCGCGUGGCUCGUGAGGCCAGUGCGGAGCUGGCGCGCGUGGUGGCGGAGUGGCGCAACGAGGACUUCCGCCGCCGGGACCCGCAGGCGGUGGCGGUGCUGGCGGCGGAGAGGCAUCGGCGCAGCCUCAGCUGCAGCGAUCUGGGCGGAAUCCGAUGUGGCGCAGAGGACGAGCGCGAGGAUGGAUUAUCCUGGGCAACACCAGGGAGGGGUAAGCCCGAGCGUGCUGCUGCCGGAGUUGUGCCCGUUUCCACCAACGGACUGGCGCCAUGUGGCGAUCGCCGACAGUCCUAUCUCCUCCAGCCGUCUCUCUAA